AUGGUCUCUCUGUGGCCCUUCAAGGGCGAGGAUAACUCCCCUGCCAGCUUCGAAAAAAUACUUUCGGGGCUAUCGGCCAAGAUCACACAGGCGACCACGCGACUCGACCGUCAACGCUCCCAGGCGCGCCGCUUCAAAGCCCUUUUCACCCUCUACUCCACCUUCGCGUAUCUCGUCUAUAGUAUUGUGCUAGCGCUUGUGCUAGGAUGGGAAACAUGGGGUGCAGUGGAAUAUGCCGCCGUGGUGGGCGGCCCAGUCCUGAUUUAUUUUGUUCGCGAUCUCACUUCCCGCCUCUUCUCCUACCGUAUCUCGAGGACUGAACGCCAGCUGGAGCACCUUCAGCAACAACGCGACGAAACCAUCGAGAAGCUCAAAGUCGCGACAAAAUACGACUCCACUCAGCAGUUACUUGACAAGUACGACGGAAAAUCACCCCCUCAAUCGCCGACCAAUAUGCCGCGCGGCGAGUCCAACAAGGAUAAAAAGGGAAAGCAGGGACAAAAUGCGCCGGGACCUGGUCGAACCAACCUGCCGCCACCCCCGACUGCCAACAUUCGUCCUCGUCCUCCUCCCGAUGGUGCCUCGCCUCCUCCAUUCCUGGAGCCUCCUCUCUCACGCAAUCCAGGCCCGGAAUCAAUGACCAACCGUCUCACCAACUACCCGGGGGAGCUCGGGAAGCCCCAUGGUCCUGAGGGCAUUCCCUAUCCGGAGGAGACCCAAGUUCCGUCUCAGCAGCCGUACCAGCAGCGCCCUGUAGAUCAAGCCAUGUUCAACCCUACCCCGAGUUUUUGGGGUCGCUGCGUGAACCUGAUGCUGGGCGAAGAUGACAUCUCGCACCGAAUGGUCAUGCUUUGCGCCCGGUGUAAACUGAUCAACGGCCAUGCCCCCUUGGAGGUCCACACGGCUCAGGAGCUCGGUCAAUGGCAGUGCAUGCGCUGCGGCACGAUCAACGGUCCCCCUCAUCCCCGAACUGUACUCGAGUCAAACUCGCCCGAGGCCCUUGCCAAGCAGCCCUCGCAGGAGGCCGUAGGCUCGGAGGAAGAGACCGAUGUCGCUGACAACGUCAAGGAAAAGCGUCCCGAGGAUGAAACUCACUCGUCUGGCGAUGAGACUGAGGAGGAUGAAAAUGCGAAGGAGUAG